AGGCUGUGCCUAGGGAGGAGGGGGAGGGGGCACUCGCUCCGCUGGGACUCCUCACCUUGUUCUUUUAGGUGUGGUUUGGUCCGGACGCGGGGUCCCGGCAGCUGGCUUGAGCUUCCUCUGUUGUGAAGGGGGAAAGUAGCUCCCGCGGAAAGCGGUUAAAGUUGCGGAGAGGGUGCGAGACGAGAGUUCUCCCCCAUGCCCGCCGAAUGGUGCGGCCCUGAGUUGGUCCCGGAGCCGGCGCGACGUAUCUGAGAGAGGGGGCGGGGAGGUGGCCCGCAGAACGCGGGUUCUGUGAAGAGACGUGGGGAAGAUUCGACUCCGAGAAGAGGAAGAGGACUGAAAGGGAGCGAGGCCGCUGAGGGGUAGGGGGCUGCCAAGAUGGCGUCGGCCUCCUCUGGGUCGUCGGCAGUCGGGUUUUCGUCCGCGGAUUCCGGGGUCCCUCCCUGCACCUCGUCUUCAGCAUCUGGAAUCAAGAGACCCAUGGCAUCUGAGGUGCCUUAUGCCUCUAGCAUGCCCAUGAAGAAAAUAGGCCACCGAGGUGUUGAUUCCUCAGGAGAGACAACAUAUAAAAAGACAACCUCGUCAGCUUUAAAAGGUGCCAUCCAGUUAGGCAUUACUCACACUGUGGGGAGCCUGAGUACCAAACCAGAGCGGGAUGUCCUCAUGCAAGACUUCUAUGUGGUGGAGAGUAUCUUCUUCCCGAGUGAAGGGAGCAACCUGACUCCUGCUCAUCACUACAAUGACUUUCGGUUCAAGACCUAUGCACCUGUUGCCUUCCGCUACUUUCGGGAGUUAUUUGGUAUCCGCCCUGAUGAUUACUUGUACUCCCUCUGCAAUGAGCCGCUGAUUGAACUCUGCAACUCUGGGGCUAGUGGUUCCCUCUUCUAUGUGUCCAGCGAUGAUGAAUUCAUCAUUAAAACAGUCCAGCACAAAGAGGCGGAGUUUCUGCAGAAGCUGCUUCCAGGAUACUACAUGAACCUUAACCAGAACCCUCGGACUUUGCUACCUAAGUUCUAUGGACUUUACUGUGUGCAGGCAGGUGGUAAGAACAUUCGAAUUGUGGUGAUGAACAAUCUCUUACCACGGUCAGUCAAGAUGCAUAUCAAAUAUGACCUCAAGGGCUCAACCUACAAAAGGCGGGCUUCCCAAAAAGAGCGAGAGAAACCUCUCCCCACCCUUAAAGACCUGGACUUCUUACAGGACAUCCCUGAUGGUCUCUUUUUGGAUGCUGAUAUGUACAAUGCUCUGUGCAAGACCCUGCAGCGUGACUGUUUGGUGCUGCAGAGCUUCAAGAUAAUGGACUAUAGCCUCCUGGUGUCAAUCCAUAACAUAGAUCAUGCACAACGAGAGCCUUUAGGCAAUGAAGCACAAUAUUCAACUGACACUCGCAGACCAGCCCCCCAAAAGGCUCUCUAUUCCACAGCCAUGGAAUCUAUCCAGGGCGAGGCUCGACGAGGUGGCACCAUGGAGACUGAGGACCAUAUGGGUGGCAUCCCGGCCCGGAAUAGUAAAGGGGAAAGGCUGCUGCUUUAUAUUGGGAUCAUUGACAUUCUUCAGUCUUACAGGUUUGUUAAGAAGUUGGAGCACUCUUGGAAAGCUCUGGUACAUGAUGGGGACACCGUAUCAGUGCAUCGCCCAAGCUUCUACGCCGAACGGUUCCAGCGCUUCAUGUGCACUACAGUGUUCAAGAAGAUCCUCUUGAAGCCCUCUCCUUCCAAAAAGUUUCGGUCUGGCUCAUCUUUCUCUCGGCGAGCAGGCCCCAGCGGCAACUCCUGCGUAACUUACCAGCCAUCGGUCUCUGGGGAACACAAGGCACAAGUGACAACAAAGGCGGAAGUGGAGCCAGGCGUCCACUUCGGUCGUCCUGAUGUUUUACCUCAGACUCCACCUUUAGAGAAAAUCAGUGAGGUCUCGACUAUUCCUGACCCCUAUUUCUCACCUGUAGUUGGAGAGACUUUGCAAAUGCUAACUACAAGCUCAACCCUCUUGGAAAAGCAUGAAGUUCCAGAGUCAGAGUUCAUCCAUUGAACAAAAAUCCUCGGAAGACCUGGAGCAAGAUUCUACCAUCUCUGUGAUCCCAAGAUGUCAGCCCUUGACCCAGCAAUGCUGAGUUUUCUUUUUCUUGGUCAUCAAAAAAAGUGUAAUGGAGGCUAAGGGAGCUCUCCGUCUCCUCCCUGAAGAAGAACCUCUUCUACUUCCCCUUCCUCAUGAAUGGGCAUUAGUGCCUCGGACAGUUGAGGACAGCAGCAUCCUCUCUACUCCUGAGCUUGGUGGCACAGGUUUUCUACUAGCCAGCCUUGCUUCCACAACUGAAUUGUUUUCAAACCCCCAUUCCUCCUGUUGGAAGUGGGGUUGCUGGACUUGGUGGUUUUCUUCCCCCUCAUCUACCUUUCACCAGGAGCUGGACUCUUAAUUUCCUCA